AUGUCUUUUUUGUAUCAUCCAAUGAGUUCAUUACCUUAUAGUAAUACAAAUAAUACCACAAAUAAUCAAUUACUAAUACCCAAUUGUCCAACACCAAAUAAUUUUGAAGAUCAAAUACCUAAAAAUCAUCCACCAUAUAAUUUAGAUUACAAUAAUGGAGAAUUUUUAGAUUCAAAAUCAUUAACUUCAUCAUUUGAUUCAACCACCACUACAAUUCAACCAUUAUCACCACCAUUAUCACCAGCUCAAAGAAAUGUUGAAUUAAAUUCUAUACCAAUUCAACAACAAAAUAAAAAUUCAUUAUCAUCAUUAAAACCAACUACAAAACAUUUAUUACCAGCUUUUACAACAAAAGAAGAAGAAUUAAAUUCAAAAACGAAUACCACCACAGAUUCAAAAAAAUUAACAAAACAAUAUUUAAACACAAAUUCAGAAUUUAAAAUAGAAAAUUUUAAAAAUUAUAAAUUAUCAAUAAAUAUAAAACCAAAUAAAAAUUAUUAUCAAAAUCAAUUUGAAUUUUUAGAUAAAUAUUCAGAUAAAGCAAAUCAAGAAAGAAAUAGCACCACAACAAAUUUUGCAUUACCCGUUAGAAAAUACAAAAAAAGAAUUAAUUUAUUUUCUUCUACUGAUGAUGAAUAUUCAGAAGUUGAAUCAAUAAGAGGUACAAGAUCAAGAAGAACUCCAAAACAUUUUGAUAAUUCAGUUUUUAACUCAGAUUCUGAAAAAGCAAACAAUGAUAGUGCUUUAUCAACUCCACCACCAAAGAAAAGAAAAACAAUAGUUAAAACAUCAUCAUCACCAUCUAUCCCCAUUGCAAUUCAACAACAAAUGUUAAUUGAUGAAUCAAUACCAGAUUAUUCUCCCAAUGCAUUUGAAACAUUACCUGAAAAUAAUUCAAAAUGUCUUAAAAUAGAAUGGAAAGGUCAACCAAUGGAUUUAUCAAAAGAUCCAAACUUACAUAAAUAUAAAUUACAUCAAUCUGAAAUUAUAUUAGCUUCAAUUUUAAGAUUACCUAUCGCGGUAUAUAUGGAUUCAAAAAGAAGAUUUUUUUUUGAAAAAAUUAACAAAUUAAAAUUAAGUAAACAAUUUAGAAGAACUGAUGCUCAAAAAGCUUGUAGAAUUGAUGUUAAUAAAGCUUCUAGAUUAUUUGCUGCUUUUGAAAAAGUUGGUUGGUUAAAUGAUGAAUUAUUUAAAAAAUAUUUAUAA